GCCGGAGGCUGCCUCCGUGCUGCCGCUCUGCUCACCCUGCAAACCUGGAAACCCCCGGCCCCGCCGCCGAGGGACGGGCUGAGGACUCGGCCGGCCGCCCGAACCCGCAGCCGGGAGUUUGGGGGAGGCGAGAGGGGUCCAGCAGCAGCGCACGGGGGAGGCUUUUAACCGCCUGCGAUGAGGAUCCGUCUGGCGAGAAGAUGGACGUGGAUCCGCAAAAGCUGCGUGUUUCUCGGCUUCGUGACCGUCGCUUACUUCGUGGUGGAGCUGUCAGUUUCUUCCUUGGGUGCCUCCCUCGCAGGGGAGAGCAUCACCAAGGGGAAAUGGGACAGGCACUUCUCUGGCAGAGCAGAAGCAGCCUUGGACUUGGCCCGUCCGGUUUAUACCAAGUCCCCUCCCGAUCCUUCUGCCCCAGGAGAAUGGGGCAAAGCCUCUCGCCUGCAGCUGAGCCCCGAGGAGAAGAAGCAGGAAGAAGAACUCAUCGAGAAGUAUGCCAUUAACAUUUAUUUGAGUGACAGGAUCUCUCUCCACCGGCACAUCGAAGACAACCGCCUGAGCAGCUGUAAAGCCAAGUCCUACGACUACAGGAGGCUGCCCACCACCUCCGUUGUCAUCGCUUUCUACAACGAAGCUUGGUCGACCUUGCUGAGGACCGUGCACAGCGUUCUGGAGACGUCCCCUUCGGUGCUGCUCAAGGAGAUCAUCCUGGUGGAUGACUUGAGCGACAAGGUCUAUUUGAAGGCUGAUCUGGAGAAAUACAUCAGCGGCCUGAAAAGGGUUCGCUUGAUAAGGACCAACAAGCGAGAGGGGCUGGUCCGCGCACGCCUGAUCGGUGCCACCUUCGCCACCGGGGACGUCCUCACCUUUCUCGACUGUCACUGCGAGUGCGUCCCGGGCUGGCUGGAGCCGCUGCUGGAGAGGAUCGCUGAGAACCAGAGCGUUAUCGUUUGCCCUGUCAUCGACACCAUCGACUGGAAGACGUUCGAGUACUACAUGCAGACGGCGGAGCCUAUGAUCGGGGGCUUCGACUGGCGCCUGACCUUCCAGUGGCACUCGGUGCCCAAACACGAACGCCUCCGGCGCAGGGCUGAAACCGACCCCAUCCGAUCCCCGACCAUGGCCGGGGGCUUGUUUGCCGUCAGCAAGAAGUACUUCGAGUACCUCGGGACUUACGACACGGGGAUGGACGUGUGGGGAGGGGAGAACUUGGAGCUGUCCUUUAGGGUUUGGCAGUGCGGGGGCAUGUUGGAGAUCCAUCCUUGCUCCCAUGUGGGCCACGUCUUCCCCAAGCGUGCGCCCUACGCCAGGCCCAACUUCCUGCAGAACACGGCGCGGGCGGCCGAGGUCUGGAUGGAUGAGUACAAAGAGCACUUCUACAACAGGAACCCUUCUGCGAGGAAGGAGAACUACGGGGAUAUUUCCCAAAGGAAGCUCCUAAGGGAAAGGUUGCAAUGCAGGAGUUUUAGCUGGUACCUGAAGAACAUCUUCGCUGAGCUACACGUCCCAGAGGAUCGUCCCGGUUGGCACGGGGCUAUCCGCAGUGCGGGGAUAACUUCCGAGUGCCUGGACUACGUCUUGCCAGAGCAUCAUCCCACCGGGGCUCACCUCUCUCUUUUUGGCUGUCACGGUCAAGGAGGCAAUCAAUUUUUUGAGUACACCUCGAACAAGGAGAUUCGAUUUAACUCCGUAACCGAGCUGUGCGCCGAAGUCCCCGAGAACGAAGACUUCAUAGGUAUGAGGAGCUGCCCAAAAGAUGGAUCUCCUCUCCCAGAAGUCAUUAUCUGGCAUUUCAAAGAGGAUGGGACCAUUUAUCACCCUCGCUCGGGGAAGUGCCUGACCGCUUACCGUACGGCGGCGGGGCGUGCCGACGUGCAGAUGAGGACUUGUCAGCCCGGAGAUAGAAAUCAGAUUUGGAAGUUUGAGAAAUAAAUCACUGCUGGCUGCAGGAGCAGCCUUGCGUGGGGCUGGGAGCUCCGAGGCUUCCACCUGCGGGAACAGAUGGUGACAUCCGACCGAGUGUCUUUUGGAUGCGCCUGUAGUGGCGUAGAAACUGCAUCUGCUGUGGUGAACUUGGGAAAGGAGGAGUAACUGCUGGGGGGUGUUGUAAAACAUUGACUGUGUGGGAAGCAGCUGGGGGGUUAGUUGCUAAAAUGUUACAUAUUGAUCUGAGGCCUCUUUUAUUUUUGUACAACUUGGAUCUGUUAUUUUCAUACACUUGGUUGCUGUCCUGAUUGUUAGGGUAAAGCAAAGGCUUUUGAGUGGA